GAUGAAAUAAACCUCCUAAACCCAGAUCUAAUCGGAAAUUGAAAUGAUUGGGAAAUCCAUGUGGCAAGGUUUACAAUCAUUAGAAAGUUUAUUAAUCACCUCUAAACAGUCUCUUCUUGUUCGAUACCUCAACAAUUGGCCUAAAAAAAGAUUUUUAGCAUUGAAAAUGGGCUGUUCAACUUCAAAAUUAGAUCUAAUCCAAAAACAAGGACUAAGCACAGCCCCAGCGGCACCUGAAGACUACGUAGAGGAUGUGGUCUGCAAAGUGGAUGAUAUCAAAGACAAUGAACUGAAAACCUUUGACUUGGAUGAAGGAAAAGUCCUGUUGGUGAAGCAGAAUGGGAAGAUCAGUGCCCUGGGUACCAAGUGCACGCAUUAUGGGGCCCCUUUGGUUAGUAGUGCUUUGGGGGACGGAAGGGUGAGAUGCCAGUGGCAUGGGGCUUGUUUCAACAUUGCCACAGGCGAUAUCGAAGAUUUCCCAGGUCAGGACUCACUGCCCUGCUACAAGGUCACUAUCGAUUCGGACAACGUGCGGGUUCGCGCUCUCAGGAGCGAACUCAAGGCCAACAAGCGCGUCAAGGUCAUGGCUAAGCGCGACGCUGGCGCGACGGAUCACGUGGUCGUGGUAGGUGGAGGCCCUUCCGGGGGCACUUGCGUGGAGGUGCUGCGCCAAGAGGGGUUCAAAGGCAAGAUCACGCUGGUGUGCAGGGAGAAUUACUUGCCCUACGAUAGGGUGAAAGUGAGCAAAGCCAUGGACUUCGACAUCAAGAAAGGCCAGUUCAGGGAGGAAGCGUUCUACCAGCAGUACGACAUCGAGGUACUGCGCGGUGUUGAGGCGACCUCUGUCGACACCGAAGUGAAAACUGUGACCUUGAGCACAGGAAAUACUUUGCAUUACGACAAACUGUUCGUCGCGACAGGUUGUCGUCCAAGGAAACUGGAGAUUCCCGGGGCAGAUUUGAAGGAUGUCAUCGUGUUGAGAGAUUACGCCCAUGCUGAAUACACCCUCUCCGUCCUCUCCGAAGACAAAGAACUUGUCGUAGUAGGCGGCAGCUUCAUAGCCAUGGAGGCGGCGAAUUUCUGCAAGGGCAAGGUGAAAAAAGUGACGGUCGUGUUGAGAGGCGAGCUGCCCUUCCAGCCGUUGCUCGGGCCUGAAAUAGGCAAGGCUUUCUUGGAUCUGUUCGAGCAGAAGGGCGUGCAUUUCGUGAAGAAUAACAGUUUGAGUCGGGUGACCGAUGAUGGGAAUGGGAAGGUGGUCGGAGUGGAGUUGUGCGAUGGCACUACCUUGAAGGCUGACCUGGUAAUCAUGGGCGUCGGCAGCACUUACAACACCGAUUUCCUCAAGAACUCCGGCGUCUCGAUGCGUCCCGACGGUACCGUCGAGACGGACGAGCGCUUACGCACGAACGUUCCCGAAGUGUAUGUGGGCGGGGAUAUCGCGUACGCGCCCGUUUGGUCACACGGUGGUAAGAAAUCGGCCAUCGGGCAUUUUCCUUUGGCCCAUUACCAUGGGAAAGUGGCAGCGAUGAAUAUUCUGGGAAAGGAGACGCAGCUGAGAACGGUGCCGUUUUUCUGGACGAUGCUGUUCGGAAAAAGUGUCAGAUAUUGCGGCCACGGCAAAUACGACGAAAUAAUUCUCCAUGGCAGCGUGGAAAACUUCAAAUUCGUCGCCUUUUACUUGGAAAAUGGCGAAGUAGUGGCAACUAGCUCUUGCGGCAUGGACCCGAUAGUGUCCCAGUUUGGGGAACGCUUGGCCCGAGGCGAGAAGCUCCUCAAAGAUCAUCUACAGGGCGAUGCUUUGGCUUGGGCCAAACAGUAGAAGGUCGCUCGGUGCUGGAGCUUUUCGAAAAGGUUUGUUCAAAUCAUUGAGCUAAUAGAUUUGAGCGUCGUUGCCAAUGAAAAUGAUAUUUUGUUUGACAAUUUCGUCCAUUUUUUUGUUUUUUUCCUGGAGGUAUUGUGCAUGUCUAGAUUCAAUCAAAUAUACAUGAUUUAUGUUGAGAAGAUACUCAUUCUCGUAGAUAUCAAUUUUGUAUUCUACAGAUUAUUAUGCAAAGUUCAUUUUUCAUAUGUUUUUGUGUUAAUUUCGGGGAACUCUUGGCCCGAGGCGAGAAACUCCUCAAAGAUCAUCUACAGGGCGAUGCGUUGGCUUGGGCCAAACAGUAGAAGGUCGCUCGGUGCUGGAGCUUUUCGAAAAGGUUUGUUCAAAUCAUGGAGCUAAUAGAUUUGAGCGUUGCCAAUGAAAAUGAUAUUUUGUUUGACAAUUUCGUCCAUUUUUGUGUUUUUUCCUGGAGGUAUUGAGCAUGUCUAGAUACAAUCAAAUAUACAUCAUCUGCCUUAGAUUCUCAUUCGGAUAGAUCAUUAUUAGUAAUACACGAAUUAUUAUGCAAACAAAUGAUUGGUGCUCAAGCUUUUUUUGAGAAGGUAUGUUGAAAUCAUUGAGCAAAUCGAUUCGAGCGUUUCUGUACACCAAUGAAAAUGAUAUUUUAUUUGACAAUUUCGUCCAUUUCUGUAUUUUUUUCCUGGAGGUAUUGUGCAUGUCUAGAUUCAAUCAAAUAUACAUGAUUUAUGUUGAGAAGAUACUCAUUCUGGUAGAUCAUUUUUGUAUUCCACAGAUUGUUAUGCAAAGCUCAUUUUUCAUAUGUUUUUGUGUUAAUUCCUUUCUGUGAUAACCAAAUGCUAUAACACAUUCUUGCGGAUAUUGACAAAAAAGUUCUGAGGUAUAAUAUUGUUUGUUCAUGGGAAAAAAUAUUCAAUAAUUUUAGUAACCCAAUGACCUCUAUUUAAAAACGGAGUUAUUUAUUUUUAGGUAACUAUAUAAACAUAUACCUAGGUGCUGUUAUAUAUUUAUUUU